AUGGCAUUUUUACCAUCUUUCAUUCUGUCCGAUGAAUCCAAGGAGCGUAUCACCAAGAUUCUAAACCUAACCCAAACUGUUGCUCACUACGGUUGGUUGCCAUUCAUUCUAUAUUUGGGCUGGACACACACUUCGAACAGACCUCAUCCAUUGAACCUAUUGUCUCCUUUGCCAAGUGUUUAA